GCAACUAUCGUACCGCUGUGACCCAGGAGAUCUGCUGACGACUUCCAGCAGGGAGAAUGGCUUCCGCUGUUGUUCACGCUGUUUCGCGAGUGACUUUCCAGGCGCGUACAACAGCGGCGCAAUGGGCGCCGUUAGCCCAGGCAGCAGCAGCUAGAGGACUAGCUUGCGAGCGGACAGCAGCAGCAGGAGUUGAACGGGCCUCCGCUUCUAGUCGCCCUUUCGAUGCAUCAUCGUCAUCAUCCGCCGCUGGGGGUGGCUUCGCGGCAGUGGCUGCCGCAGUCCUCGCUUGCUGCGGUGCUCUCACAGCAACCGGGGAGCAGGAGGAGCGGGGCAGCGGCUUGGUCGGUUGCGAAGCUGCAAGAGGCGCUGCGGGGGAAGCCCCUCCCAUGCGGCGAGAGGACUCGAGGUCCACGAUGAUGCCGGGGGUCCACAGGGAAGACUCGAGGUCUGCCAUGUGGCCCAACAGGGAUCGCCCAAAAUCGGGGGGCAUGAAGAUUUUCUCGGGCAACGCCAACCCCGCGCUGGCCAAGGACAUCGCGGCGUACCUGGGAAUUAACCUGGGCAGGGUUAAGGUGGACCGUUUCGCGGACGGGGAGGUGAACGUAAUGGUGAAGGAGAACGUGCGCGGCAAGGACGUGUACAUCAUCCAGCCCACGUGCAUGCCGGUCAACGAGAACCUGGUGGAGCUGCUGCUCAUGGUGAGCACGAUGCGCCGGUCCUCGGCUAGGCGCAUCACGGCCGUGAUCCCGUACUACGGCUACGCCAGGCAGGACCGCAAGAUGACCGCCAGGGUGCCAAUCUCCGCCGCGGACGUCGCCCGACUAAUGGAGGCCAUGGGGGUGGACCGUGUUGUGGCCGUCGACCUCCACUGCGGACAGAUCCAGGGGUUCUUCGGCCCCCGCGUCCCCGUCGACAACUUGGACGGAGGCGUCAUCGGCGUGGGAUAUUUCGGGGACACGGACCUUCACAACCCCGUUGUCGUGUCCCCCGACGCCGGCGGCGUUUACCGCGCCAAGAAGUUCCGGGAGGGACUGGCCCACCGCUACGGUCUUGACGCCGGCCUCGCCAUGAUCAUCAAGCAGAGGGCUAAGGCCAACGAGGUGGACCGCAUGGAUCUGGUGGGGAGCGUGAAGGACUCGGACGUGAUCAUCGUGGACGACAUGAUCGACACCGCCGGCACUCUCUGCAAGGCCGCUAGCGUGCUCAAGGAAUACGGAGCUCGCCGCGUCUUCGCCUUCGCCUCCCACGGGCUGUUCAACGGCCCGGCCAAUCAGCGCCUGGCGGAUAGCGAGCUUUCCGAGGUGGUGGUGCUCGACACGAUCCCUCUCAGCCCCGACUGCGCCAACAACCCCAAGAUCAUCCAGCUGUCCGUGGCACAUCUGCUCGCCCAGGCGGUCUACAACAUCCACCACAAGAAGUCCAUCUCGGCUCUUUUCAAGUAGAGAGCAGCAAGUGGCCCAUCAUCAGCCCACGUGUUUAUCAUUCUUUUGGUUUUCUUCGGGCGAAUAGGAGGCCCCCCCGCUGUGAUAGGACUAAGUCGGGUGUGAACUUUUUUUUUGCAACCACCGAGUCAGCAGGCCCCCGCCCGCCCCGUGCGCCCCUUUCCUGCCGCAUCGGCAAGCUCUUGGGUAUUGAGGUAGAGGAGCAUGAUAGAGGAGAGGUGGAGGAAGUACCAAAGAGUCCGCGCUGAGGCGGGUGUUGUUGUCAAUGAAGCCCGAGCUUAGGACAACGGGCAACCUUCCCAGGAAGGGAGAACGUUCUACCCUUCUUUGAAGCUUUCGGAGAAACAGCGAAGGGGAACUCCUUGUGUUUCAAACGGCGUCCUGGCGUUUGCGCUAGCUCGCCGCGCCGCGUUGGUGCGGGCAGCUCGGGUAAAAGGCUGCAGGUGUUUUCCAAUGAGUGGCCUGGGGGUUGUGAAACGGAGAUGUGCUGACGUAUAUGAUUUUGUUGGGGAUAUUAGGUUAGGCGUUGGGGGGGGGGCGUGUUGUUCUCGCAUGUUCCAUGGUUGUGUUGGUGUUUUUUUGUGUAGAGUUCCACGCCCCUGUUUUGCUGGAGUUUUCUCCUGAACAGGGGGGCGUUUCCAUAGUUGCGGCAAAUGUGAUGGAACCUCUCGUUUCUUUGCCACUGACACGCUGCAGGCGGAGGUGGGGAGGAGGGCGGGUGUAGAGAGCCUCUCAAACAGAUACGCUUUGGCGUCUCUUGAAGCUGAAGGUUGUUGUCAUUUCCUCGAGGGCGAUCAAUCGCUCAGCGCGUUCCUCCCGCGGCGACAGUGGGGUAGAACGUCCUACCGUAGGCACUGCUUUUGUUGGUUUUGGGGAUGUUGCCGUAGCAAAGGAGACAAGUUAUGUGCUUUUGUUACUCGCAAGUUGGACUUGUUUUUUUUAAUGAACGAACCGAAGACACGGACUUGAUUGACAGAGAUGAAUUGGAUUCUACACGUAAAGACGCAAAGAGGAUGCGUUCAGUACGAAAUCCUUCAGUGAAAUAUCAAGAGAACC